AUGUCUCCCGAAUCGCAUCUAAAGGCUGCCCCGCCACACGCGGGCUUCCAGAGCACCUAUAGCGAAUCGAGCUAUUAUUCACAGCACCGCCCGGAAACUCUCCAGGGACAGCAACAUUCUCGACGACCCACAAUGGAGAGCUUAGAUGCCGCCAAACAGGAUCCGUAUCACUAUCGGGACGAACACAGUUUCCUACCCAAGCAAAACGUCUAUACUCGCAACGACAUGGCCCCGACUUCUCCGCGCAGUCCUACGGGCAAUCCAGACUUUUCUAGUCCACAGCCUGCAAACUCGAGCGUUCACCAGUCGCCACGAUCCACGUCCGCCCAAGCAAUAACACGCCCAUACGUGAUUGGGUCCCAUCCAUUUGCCUCGCCGGGCCGGUCUACAUCCCAAAGCCGACCGUCCAUCGAGCACAAUGGUAAUUAUACCGUCGCCACUGCCCCACCGUCUGCGAGUGACCGGGCGCACGACGGCAGUCUAGGGCUCAGCGGCCACAAUACGUUUGCGGGCGCCGGCACGCGACCAGGUUACAACGCGUAUGGGCUCGAGUCUCGACAAGCCAUCACGAGCCUCAAUACCGUCCGCCUCGAGAGUAUUCGGAGUGCCGCACGAAAGGCGAGCAUUGACCAGACGGCCGUGUCAGCGGCGACGGAAUUUGCCAUGGGCGGUCCGACGGCUGUCGGGGUCGUUCGCGGAAUAACUCGACAUCGAGUUCGCAUCGUGCUGGUGGCUAUUCGUAUGCCGGAGGAACGAGUUCUCUACGGUGGCGGUGGGGCUCGGUCCGGUCUGGAAAGGAUGGCUCCAGGAAAAGUAUACAAAGGAGGAACGAGCAAGGAGAUGGCAGCGAUGAACAGCCUUAUUGCUGCACUAGACGAGAGCGGAAAAGGAGCGUAA